CUCGGCCUGGUGAAGGGACCGACGAUGUGUGGGGCGUGCACGAAGCCCUGCGACCCUCAAGGCGACCACAUGCUCAAGUGCCCCAACCAUGGCUACCUCAUUAGUCGUCACAACACCGUCCAAGCGACCGUCUAUCGCAUCUGCAAGGAGGCCCGAUGCCUCAGCGUGAAGACAGAGCAGCUUCUGCGUGACUACCAGUGCCCACUCCCGCAAACGACCGAUAAGCAGCGGAUGGACCUGGUGAUCACCCAGUAUGACGGCUCCAAGAUCAUAGUUGACAUCACCGGCACUCACCCCACCCACGCCGACCGCCCAGGCGAUCCCAGGAACCUCACCAAUCAGCAGCCCGGCUCGGCCCUUUGCGCGGCCGAGAAAUGCAAGAGGGACCUAUAUGCCGUUGCCUGCGUGCGGGGAGGGUACACGUUCUUACCUUUGGCCUUCGAGUCGUAUGGACGCUGGUCUCGGACCAUGGCGACCUUUUUGCACAAGCUAGGCAAGGCAAUGAAGGAAACUCACUAUAGGGACGACAGGGAUUUUUCGACGGGCCGCGUUGUGGCCCGGUGGUGGGCCCUUUUGUCGUGUGCAGUCAGGCGUGAGUGCGCUCUUACGCUUCGCGCAAGAGUGAGGCCGCUACACCAUUCAUCCGUCCCUUCCCCAGAGACGAGGUCUGAGGGAGGGAUCCCUAUUCACCCCACUAGGCCUUUUGCUCGCCACACUAUGCCGCGCCUUUCUUUCGCACACAUGUGGCUUCAAUGUGCGUGUGUGGGUGUGGGUGUGUGUGUGCGGGUGUGUGCGUUUGGGCUAUUGGUAUUCGUAUGCGGGCGUGUCGUGUGGGAUGGGUGUGCCGGCACGGCGUCCGGUUGCGUCUGGCAUGUGUGUGGCUUGCCCUUGUGGUUUUCCCUGCGGUGAUGUGUGUACGGGCGUGCUCUGUGGGUGUCUGCACGUCGACCGCCUGCCGCCCCCUCUUCGCCGUGGAGACUGGAGCGGCGGCGCGCUCCGCUUUCGGACAGCCUCAUCACCCCGUGUGUGUUCAUGUCAAGGGCAUAUUUGUGUGUGACUGGUCGAUCGGCACUGGCUGGCCAGCUGGGGAUGGGCGGCAUGUACGUAUGGAGUCAUGGUGCAGGACGCACGCCGCCUUCGGGCCGCCCCUUCCGGCCGGCCGCCCGCUGGGGUGGCGUGCGUCUGACGUUAUGUGCCUGCUCUUAUGUUGCCGUCGUUGGCAGCGCAUUGCAUCUCCACCUGUUUGCUGCUUCUGCCCUUUGCGUGCUGUGUGUUGCGUGUGCGUGUUGCAUGUUGGGGUGCAUGUUGCAUGUUGGGAUGGACAGACAUGGGACUUGACCGUCAGGCCGCCUAGGGUAUUGCCUGAAACCGCUACCCCUCACAUGAUGUACCAGACAGACAGUUCAGAAUCCAUGAAUGUUCCUUGGAGCCUUUCAGCAGCGAUGUCUUCUUAUUCUCUCUCUCUUUUUGGAUCAGGGGCGUGCCACUUCAACCACUGAGCGAGUUGAGCGCAGGUGUGGCUUUUUGGCACACGAGGCUCUCGGCUUGACCCUGUGGCUGUCAGGCUACCCUUGAUUACACUUUACGGCUCUCUUCUUAAUUCGUGAUUCAUUGGUGUCUGGGCCUGUGACUUGUUUUGCCUGGGACUCUACCGAUGGAAAGGAUAAUGGCUUGAUCUGCGGCCCAGAGAAUGGCGCGAAUGUUAUCUGCGUAGAGGAGCUUUUGGGUGUGAAUGAGAUGUGGAGGCUUGGUUAUGUGUCCAUUCGUAAUUGGAAAGCUGAAGAAUUUCGGCUCCCAUGUGCGGUCCCUGUGGUGGUAGUGGUCUUAUUGGUGUGAUUUCGCUGUUCUGGCGCCCUCAAUCGAUCUGGACGAGGUCUGCCAAGAUCCUACCCAACAAUAACGACACCCUCGAGAAGCUGAAGGCCCUCCACCCUCCUGCUCCCUUCCCGCC